AUGGCCGCCGCGCAGCAUCUCCUCGCCGCCGUGAUCGCUGUGGCGGCCAUCGUCCACGCCGCCUCCGCGACGACGGUGUACGACGUCCUGAGGCAGAACAACCUGCCGCAGGGGCUGGUCCCACAGGGGGUGCAGUCGUACACGCUGCAACCGAAUGGCCACCUUGAGGCGAUGCUUCCUGCCCUCUGCGACUUCUCCGUCACCGUCGCCGGCAAGCAGUUCAAGUUCCGGUUCGCGACCAGCUUCGGCGGGACCGUCCAAGCAGGGUCAAUCCAUGAUGUUUUCGGCGUGAGUUUCCAGGCGGAGUAUGCAUGGAUCGGUAUAAGGCAGGUCGACCGCAACGGCGACCAGCUCAUCUUCCAGGCCCAGAACAUCAAGCAGUCUUUCCCCAUCUCCGGCUUCGCCGCCAGCCCUAGAUGCAGCUGA